AAGUGUGUUCACUUGGAUGUUUUACUUUCUCUGAAGGCUAAGGGGAAAACUGAAGCUGGGCUACGGGGAGGCAGAUGGCACGGAAACUGUUAAACUGAGCAACACACAAGGCCAGACCAUAUCCAUCGUCCUUGAAGAAUCGGGAAAGAGAUUGCUGUCUCUAAAAGUUCAGGUCAAGGCUCUACUUGAAGUUGUGCCUUCCUAGCCCCACCACAAAUGAACCUUACAUAUUGUAAUUUACAGCCACACUGUAUAAGUAAUCGUCACCUUUCGUAUACGUCCGUUUUCCUCCGUAUACUAGUAUGAUUAAUGUCACGUGAUGAUCGCGGAGCGUGAUCUGCGCGCAUGCGUAAAUCGUUGCAUUUCGGCCCUUUCGCUCGGCCGCCGGGAAGAAGGCGCGGAUACGAUGUCACCGCCACAGGUACCAGAAGACGGUCUCCCCUCGUACACGCGGGAGGAGGUGGCCCAGCACAAGAAGAGCACCGACUGCUGGGUCAUACUUCACGGACAAGUCUACGACGUCACCAAAUGGCUCGGCAAACACCCCGGCGGUGCUCGCCUCAUAAUGCACUACGCCGGCCAGGAUGCGACCCUUGCCUGGACCAGCUUCCAUCACAACAAAGCGAUGGUCAGAAAGUAUCUUGCGCAGUACCACAUUGGAAAAAUCUGCCCUGAGCAGAAAGAGCUCCAGCCGAUAGAGAAAGAUUUCUUGACCCUUCGGGACAAAAUGGAGGCAAAGGGAUUUUUCAAGACCAACCCUCUGUUUUUCGUUGCUCAUUUCCUCCACAUUGUCCUCUUCUGCUUCGCGGCCUGGGGGACACUGUGGUACUAUGGCAACAACUGGAUUACGUGGCUAGCUGCUGCUGCCCUUACCACCGUCUCACAAGCUCAAGCUGGUUGGCUGCAGCAUGAUUUCGGUCAUCACACGGUCUUCGACGUAAUCAACUUGAACAGAGCCCUGCACCACGUCGUCAUCGGCCUGAUGAAAGGGGUUUCCAGUUUUUGGUGGAACUACAGACACUACCAGCACCACGCCAAACCCAAUGUGUACCUAAAGGAUCCUGAUAUCACCAUACCAUAUGUUGUGCUGCUCGGAAAGAUCAUCCCAGAGAAGUGGGGCAAGAAGAGAUGGGGAACCAUGCCUUACAACUUUCAGCAACACUACUUCUUUCUGAUUGGACCACCACUGCUGCUACCCAUCUACUUCCACGUUGAGGUUCUGUUCUACGUCCUCAAGAAGAGAAAGUGGAUUGAUUUCGCCUGCAUGUUGAUCUUCUACAUGAUAUUCCACUACACCUUCGCGCCAUUUCUCGGUGGCUUUUGGCCCAGUUUCAGAUUCUAUUUCUUCAUCAGGUUUAUGGAGAGCCACUGGUUUGUGUGGGCCACUCAGAUCAGUCACAUUCCCAUGAACAUUGACCUGGACCACAGACAGGACUGGCCGUCACUCCAGGUAUAUUAUAUACAUGUAACAAUAGACCAUGUGAUGCCAAGAGAAAAAAGAUGCGGAGCUCUGGACAUGUACACAUUUACACACGGGACCAGCAGCGUGUUAUAGGGAGGUCGAUAAUUGUUCACACAGUUGGCGGGAACUAGAAAUGUGGAGCAGUCGUUCAUGAAUGACUGGUUUUUGGGUCACCUCAACUUUCAAAUUGAGCACCACCUGUUUCCAACAAUGCCGCGGCACAACUUCCUGAAGGCCAAACCGUACGUGAUAGAAUACUGCAAGAAGUACAACUUGGACUACCAGGAGAAGCCAAUCUGGACUGCCUUUGGUGACAUCGUCAGAUCUCUGAAGGAAAGUGGUGAGAUUUGGGCAGAGGCGUGGGAUGCCCACAUACCCACGAAGACCAAAGCCAACUAGUAGAGGAAAAACACUGAACUCACAUACAAUUUACCACCACUAACACAUCCGUAAUACUUUUCUACUAUAUCUACACCUCAUAAUAGAAGCAGUUGUAUUAGUAUUUAUGCUGAAGCUGUAAAAACCUUUUGUAUUAUUAGACAAUUUAUUUUGAGGUUAAAAAAUUAAAUUCUGUA